UAUUUAAAAAGAGUCUGAAAACACAUAUUUAUAGAUUUAAACCCUUGCAAAAAUUCAAGAUAACAUUUCUUUUUUUUUCCAAAAUCGCUUUAAUAUAUAUCUUUAUAAUAUUUAUAUAAGCCGAUAUAAACAAGCAGCAAAAUAUUUCCAAACUGUGUAGGUAAAAAAGAAAAAAUGUAAACAGAUUUAAUCCAUAAUAAUGCAAUUGUUGACUCCGACGAAGGAGAUCUUUUAUCUUUGCACCCGAAAAGCACAAUGUCCUCUAUAUUCUAGUGCUGCGCCAUCUAUUAACAACUGUCCUGAAUUGCAUGUGUCCUGAUUUGCCGUUUCUGACCUAGAUUGCCGGUUUCUCCUAAAGCGAGGCAGCAUCAUAUGGUUCAUUUAUAAUCUGCAGAAGCGACUAAAGAAUAAUUUGCUAGUUUUGAUGAUUAUGCAAAAAUGUUAUGGCGUAAACGGGAGUCGUCUUAUUCUAGCUGAGGUUUAGAUGGUGUGAAAACGCAUAAUCAUGAUUAAAGGUGGGGAAAGUUUGUUUUUUCCGGAAGUAUAUUCUGGGUUUGUAGAAAACAAAGAAGAACUUGGAAGAUUCGGCAUCGCACAGCCACCGAUCAGGCAAAAUGGGAAUGGAAAACUUCCUGACUUUAUUCAUAUUUUUGAUAGGAUUAGCUAACCAUGUAUUUGCCAGAACAUCGGCCCAAGAUGUGUACUGUGCUGCAUGUGAAUCCACUAUCACAGAAAUAGAAAGAAUAUUGAUGAAGCCUUCUAAGAAAAAUAUAGCAGAAAGUGUACACGAAACAGUUGCUUCAGUUUGUAAAGAGAAAACUUUUAAGCCAUAUUUUGAGGAUGCAAAAGAUGAUUCCAAACUUCAAGACCUGGUGAAAGGAUGUAAACAUCUACUUGACCAACAUGGGGGGCAUAUAGAAGUUCUCUUUCGUGAAAGCUACAGUGAGCAAAGAAAAACAAAAUUGACAUUGAAGGAACUUUUUAUAAGAAUUUGUGAGCAAAUUUCUAAAGCAUGUCCAACAAAACCAGCCGAGGAGAAGGAACAGGAACUGGAUGUGGAAAAAAUGGUGGAUCAGAUUCAAGAACUUUUAAAGGUGGAAAAAGUGAAAUUGGUGAAUCCAGUGGCUCACAAUGAAGAAUUGUGAUCUUUAUAUAAAUUUAUAAGAGCAUUAACACUUGCCUUUUUUAAACUUAAUAUUUUUAUUGCUGAAAGUUUUACAUGUUUGAAACCUGUAGUAUUUACAGAUGAACAGUCUUCAUGUCAGCUGUGUUUUUUUGUAUCGUUACAAAGUUUUUAUAAGAAUUUUUGAGAUUGCUGUCCACAUUCCAUCUGUGAUUCAGGUGAAAGACUUCUGGUCAUCUUUGUAUGCAAUGAAUAGUCUGUAACUUUUUUGAAAGCAACUUAUUUUAAACUAGAGACGUAGGAAUGAUACUGAAGUUUGUGUCAGUUUUCUUUUUUUUCUAUCUUGGUUAAAAUGCACUGAGGUUGUGAUUUUUAUCAGUUUUGGUCAGCAUGAGUUUUUCUUUUUGGCACUUGUUGUUAUUGAAAAGAUUUGCACUGAGUGGUGUUAUUUUGAAAACACAAGAGUCCAAGGGCUCAUUUUACAAAGAAGUAUGUCCUGAAAAUUUGUUUAAACUAUAAGCCAAAAUGCAUUCAAACACUUUUUAAUCUAGCCUUUUUCCUGGUAGUAUUCAACCUUAAACAUCCCCAGAUCUCAGGUUGUAAACCCCACUCCCUUAGUUAAUUUGAAUGAAAUACUGUGCCAGUUUUAACAAGCUUGAUAGCAAUCUGUAUGGGGUGUAACUUCAACCCUGAACAAGAUUUUAUCACGAAAAUAGGCAUAGUUGACCACAAGUAUAAAGGAUAUAAUCCCAUGCUGUCAUUUUGGUUUAAAAGUUUUUGUUAUGGAGUUACGAGCCCCUAAUUACAGAUUUUCAUUAAGCAAAGGCAUUUUGUGUAGUCAUUAUCAAUAAACAGAUUUGUACUUAAA